GUCGUCUUGUUAUAUUGCGUUUAAUUUCGCUUUGCGUUAAUAUAUAGUUGGUAAUUUUAUAUUUAAUUAGGAUUGAGUGAAAUUUAUACCUUGCGAAACUACGAAUGGAACUGAAGUAUUAAAGUCUACUGAAGUAUUAAAGGAGUAAAAGUCACAAUUUGUUUCUAAAUUCUUUAUAAAACUCAAAAACUAGCAGAAACCCGAGCUAUCUGAAAGCACAAUGAAUUCUUGAGAAGUAAAUGAAUUGGGGAAACUUAUUCUUAUAAAUUUAUGUAGUCGUUAUGUAUGUGUUACUAUUUUAUGUUUAAGGUUUAGCUAUGCAAAGGAGUAAAAGAAAGUAUAAAUCAUCUCACAAGGAUGCACAUUCUUCUACUUAUGUGAGUUCAGAUGAAGAUGAUAGAAAAAAGAAAUAUAUUUCUAAUGAAAGGAGAAGAGAUUUUUGUACUCAAGAAGAAGAAAAGUCUAAUAAGGAUCAAGUAUAUAUGGAAGCACUUCGUCCAAACUUUCCUUGGACAGAUUAUCGCAGGACCCUGAAUAAAAUAUUUUUUAAUGAUAGAGGGAAGAUAAAAAGGAAUUCUCCUGAAUAUGAUGAGUUCUGGUUGUUUCUUAGCAAAUAUCAGAAGGUGCAGCAAAAGGCAGCUAUGAAAGAAAAGCAAUCUAGAGAAGGUUUACCUGGAAGUAUUUGUGAUAAACUAAAGCCAAAGUAUGAAUUUUCAAUUGAUUCAAAAGAGUUAGAUGAUAUGAUGAUGCGUGGACACUUGUUUCAUGAUGACAGUGAAUCUAGUUUGACUCGUGAUCACAUUGUUGAAUUUGCAUACAUUAUCAAGUUAUAUUUUGAUUGUCUCAAAAAGCAACAUGAAGAUAAAAUAAAGAAACUCCGUGAAGCACAGGCAAAUUUACCCAUAAGCAAAUAUAGAAAUGAUAUAUUAAAAGCUGUUGAAAACAACCAAGUAGUUCUUGUUGCUGGUGAUACUGGAUGUGGAAAGUCAACACAAGUACCACAGUAUCUUAUGGCAGCAGGUUAUGAUAGUAUAGCUUGCACUCAACCACGGAGAAUUGCUUGCAUAUCUUUAUGCAAAAGAGUUGCUUAUGAAACUUUGAAUGAAUAUGGCUCUGAGGUUGGGUAUCAAAUAAGAUUUGAAAAAAGUAAAACAGCUCAUACAAAAAUUUUAUUUUUGACUGAGGGUUUAUUAUUAAGACAAGUAUCAACAGAUCCAAUGCUGUCUAUGUAUAAAGUUGUUAUUUUAGAUGAAGUACAUGAAAGACAUCUGUCUUGUGAUUUCUUAUUAGGCAUAAUGAAGUGCUUAACUGUGCAAAGACCAGACCUUAAAAUACUUUUAAUGUCAGCAACAAUCAAUAUUGAGCUGUUUUCUGAAUACUUUUCCAACUGCCCUGUUAUUCAGGUUCCCGGACGCUUGUUUCCCAUUCAAGUAAAAUACUGUCCUCUGUCGGUUGAAGAACAGAAAACCUUAACUGGAAAAUUAAAUCCUGCUCCUUACAUUCGUAUCAUGAAUCUAAUUGAUGAUAAAUAUCCACCCGAGGAAAGAGGAGAUCUUUUAAUAUUUUUAAGUGGCAUGACAGAAAUAUCAAUUGUUGAAGAAGCAGCUAAGUUAUAUGCUGAAAAAACUAAUAAAUGGAUUAUCCUUCCAUUGCAUAGCACUUUGUCUUUGGAGGAACAAGAUAAGGUGUUUGAUAUAGCUCCAGAAGGUGUUCGUAAAUGUAUUAUUUCAACCAAUAUUGCAGAAACGUCUGUAACAAUUGAUGGUGUAAGAUUUGUUGUUGACUCAGGGAAAGUAAAAGAAAUGAGCUACCAUCCUGUCUGUCACAUGCAGCGCUUACAAGAAUUUUGGAUUAGCAAAGCAAGUGCUGAACAGCGUAAAGGUCGUGCUGGCAGAACUGGACCUGGAGUUUGUUUUCGCAUGUUUUCACAGAAGGAAUAUGAUUCUUUGAUGGCUUAUACAAAACCUGAAAUUCAGCGAGUACCUUUGGAUUCAUUACUGCUGCAGUUGUUAUCCAUGGGAUUACCUGAUGCAAGAAAAUUUCCUUACUUAGAACCACCUGACCUUUCAAGUAUUGAAGAAGCUCUCCAAAAUUUAAAGAAUCAGGGUGCACUUACUGAAGAUGAAGCCUUAACACCUAUGGGACAGAUGCUUUCUAAACUGCCUGUUGAUGUGACCAUUGGGAAAAUGUUGAUACAUGGUUGUGUAUUUUCAGUUAUUGAACCCAUGCUAUCAUUAGCUGCUGCUCUGAGUGUUCAGUCCCCUUUUACGAAUCGUUCAUUAAGGGACUCUGAUAUGAAAGCAGCAAGGCAAAAUUUAGAAUCUGAUCAUGGUGACCCCUUCACUUUGUUAAAUGUUUAUGGUAAAUGGCUUGAAGUAAAAUCAGAAAGACACAGCAAUUCUCGUAAAUGGUGCAGAAGGAAAGGUUUAGAAGAACAGAGGUUUUAUGAAAUGAAUAAACUCAGACGCCAGUUUCGAGAUCUCUUAAAGGAUACUGAGCUGUUACCAGAUUUUGAUGUAGAGACUAGCAGUCAUGAUAGAUCGAAAAGACAUGGAGAACUUAAUCAUUUGCGAGAUAUGAAAAGACAAUAUCAUCAAGCUCCUCGAAAACGUAAAUUUCUAAAGCUGGAAACUGUCACUCUGGAACAAGAAGAUGCUGAUAGUGAUGAUGGAAAGAUAGAUAUUCAUGAUGUAGAUUUCCGCAUAUCCAAUGAUAAAUGGCAAGUUGAGAUGUUAGCAUCAAAAAGUCAAGUCAGCAGUCACCGGGAAAUUACUUGUUUAAAAUUUAUCGUAUGUAGUGCCUUAUAUCCACGUCUGGCUAUAGCAGAUGUAAAUAACUCGUAUAAAUCUUCUGCUGAUCAACAUUUUCAUACAAAAGGCAAACCAUUUGUUGUGUUACAUCCUAAUGGAACUCUUGCACUUCAACCAGAUCUUUUGCAGCUAAAAGAGUCUGAUGUAAUCGAAAUGAAGCAUUUUCAGACACCUACUCCUCUUAGUAGGAAACAUCAACUAAUUAGUUUCUUAUCUUUGCUUGAGACUACUAAACCUUAUUUAGUGAACUGCCUAAGGAUACCUUCAGCUCAUACCUUAUUGCUUUUAUCUCAUUCUCUUGAUACAAAUCAAGAUUUUACUAGAAUUGUGUGUGAUGGGUGGAUUGAACUGCGCUUUCCAGUACCUGAAGAGAUUCAAACUUUCAUUAGUAAAGCCUUUGCCAUUAGAGAUUCAUGGCAGCAGUUGCUUCAAAAAGCAUUUGAUGAAUUCACUAUGGAUAAAGAUUCAAAAAAUGCUGAAGUACUUAAAAUGGGACAGAAAGUGUACAAUUUAAUUGCAUACUUUUUCCAUAUUGAGAUCAUACAUUCUGUUCGAAGACUUCUUGCAGCUGAUAUCAAGAAUAUGUAUAUAGGACCUCAGAAAGGUAAUAUUUCAAUUGCAGUAGGUCUUUUAUCAGAAGCUGAAGAUGCAUCAGAACAUCCAGUGAAAGGUGGAUUACAAAUUAAAAGUUACUUAACUUACAACUGUCUCUUAGAUCCUGAUGAGAAACAUCUGCAAUAUAUACAGAAGCACUGGACCUGUCCAGUAUGUGAUAAAGAAAUGAUAGCCACUGUUUUAGAUCAAAUAAGGCAUAAAGAACAAUGUGAAGAACAGAAUGGUCAAGAUAUGAAUUCAAAAAUUUCUCAGAAGGAUGAUAAAAAUCCUUUGAAAAAGUCUUAUUUUUGUCCUGACUGUCAAGAGGACCUUCUUCUUACAGCUACUGAGAUACUUAAGCAUAAAAGAAGUCAUUUAAAGUCAUAACUAUUGUUGAUAUGUAUGAGUAAUUGAUUUGUUAUUUUUUGCAAUUUUUGUUGUAAAUACUGUAAGAUAAGAUUCAGUAAAGAAUUUGUUUAAUUGUUA